AUGGCGCAGCCGGCCCAGAAGAAGGCCAAGACGGAGAGGGUCUUCCUGUUCUCCUCCGAGUCCGUCAACGAGGGCCACCCGGACAAGAUCUGCGACCAGGUGUCCGACGCAGUCCUGGAUGCGUGCCUCGUCGGGGACCCCAAGAGCAAGGUGGCGUGCGAGACGGCCACGAAGGACAACAUGGUCAUGGUCGCGGGCGAGAUCACCACCCAGACCAAGAUCGAUUACGAGAAGGUGGUGCGCGGGGUGGUGGCCAAGAUCGGCUUCGACUCGUUCGUGGACGACCUCUCCAGCGUGGACAGCAAGGGCCUCAGCGACAAGACCUGCGAGGUCCUGGUGCGCAUCAACAAGCAGAGCCCGGACAUUGCCGGCGGCGUGCACGUCGGGAAGGAGGACCUGGACGUGGGGGCCGGCGACCAGGGCAUCAUGUUCGGCUACGCCACCGACGAGACGGAGGACUGCAUGCCUCUGACCCACUCCGUGGCCACGAAGCUGGGCAAGACCCUCACGGACGUGCGCAAGAGCGGGGAGCUCUGGUGGCUGCGCCCGGACGGCAAGACCCAGGUCACGAUCGAGUACCUGCAGAAGGCCGACGGCUCCGUGGAGCCCCAGAAGUUCCACACGGUGGUGAUCUCCACGCAGCACGCGGAGCCCUCCAAGGCGAAGCGCACGAAGGAGUGCGCCGGCUACACCGGCCCGGAGAUGACCGCGCCGAGCAUGGAGGAGAUGAACAAGCUGAUCACAGAGAAGGUUGUGAAGAAGACGCUCUCCGAGAUCAAGCUGAAGAACGGAAAGCCCGCCAUCUCCCUGUUCGGCGACUUCACGCACAUGUACAUCAACCCGUCCGGCAAGUUCAUCAUCGGCGGCCCCCAGGGCGACGCCGGCCUGACCGGCCGCAAGAUCAUCAUCGACACCUACGGCGGCUGGGGCGCCCACGGCGGCGGCGCGUUCUCGGGGAAGGACCCCACGAAGGUGGACCGCUCCGCCGCGUACAUUUGCCGGCAGAUGGCCAAGUCGGUGGUCAAGAGCGGCCUUUGCAAGCGCGCGUUGGUGCAGCUGUCCUACGCCAUCGGCGUGGCCAAGCCGCUCUCACUCUUCCUGGAGACCUACGGCACCGAGCAGGGUGCCCUGAGCGCCGAGGACAUCACCAACGUGCUGAAGAUCGAGUUCGACUCCCGGCCCGGCGCCAUCGCCAUGUCACUCGCGCUGCGCGAGCCGAAGUAUCAGGAGACCGCGGCUUACUGCCACUUCGGGCGCGAGCCGGUCACCAAGGACGGUGUGAAGUUCUUCGAGUGGGAGAACGCCAAGGACGUUUCCAAGUACGGGAAGAUGUCCUCCGACCAGGUUGCCGCCGCGUUGAAGGCCAGCAAUUACCUGACCAAGUGGGUGGACUGA